CAGUCUCUCCGUUGUUGUCGUGGUAGUUGGAUGUUGGGUGGAACUGUGAGAGACGUGAAGUGAUGAAAACUUUUAUCCUGAGAUUGAUUGAUCGGUCGAAUAAUUAGCGGACAUUUAAAAUUCACUCAUUGCAUCGUGAAAAACUCUUCUUCGUGUCACAUCUCGUAAAGAAUGUUUAACAAGAAAAAGCCAUCGGAUAAAAUAGAAACAAUUACUUCGGGAAAAUAAAGAAAGAAAAUUUCACACACAGUCACGACGAGAAAAUCCGCAGGCAAGCAACUAAAUCAGUUUGAAAAUAAGUUCGCGAUUAGUCACAACGAUGCUGUGGGAUAUGAAAGAAUAAAAUAUUAAAUAUUAUCAUUGGAUGUGAUCAUUUUAAAUUUUCAUGAUUUUUUUUAUCGCGACAGUGAUAAUAAAAUAAAAAGGAAAAUUCCUCACGUAUUAAGAAAAUUCUUUUCGAUCUUGUUGUGAUAUUAUUGCAGAGUUAAACAAAACAAAGUCGAGGAAAAGUUGCGUAAUUUAAAAAAUGAAAAUAUUUCUUGAUUAAUUGAAAAAUCAAACACGAAUUUAUGCCGCUCCCGCCUUCAAUUUCAAUGAUGAAUGGACUUCACCCAGUUCCAUCCAUUCAAAUGAAUGGACUUCCACCAGCUAAACGACGCCCACCACGACCCAUCAUCCGACCAAUUACACCUUCUGGAGGUCGGUCGAAACCAACAGAUGAAGUUGCAGUUUCUAAACUUCCUCCAGCUUCGAGAUCAUCGCGAUAUAUUCAGAGCGGAAGACUAAAGAUUCCGAUUAUUCGCUCGAAUACUUCAGAAGAUCUUAAUGAUCGUCGAAGCAUGUCACAUGAGUCUUCCUACGUGUCUCGAUCGCCUUCGCCUGCUUAUUCUCAAUCAACACAUCGUAGCGGCUCAUCACUUAGCAACUAUGACUCUUGGCGUUCAUCCGACAGUUCCAGGUCGAGAAAUACGCCUAGACGACAAUUUCCUCAAUCUUACAUCGAUCAUAAUUUAGAUAUUCACGAAUUUUAUAAAAUGGAACAAUCGCCGGUGGUGUACGACGCUAAUUUGUCGUUUGUGCUUGGUAUGAAGCAGCCAUUACGCCAAUCAAUGCGUGCUUCGCCAGCUCACUCGGAAAAAUCAACUGCGUCAAAUUAUUUAAGCGAUCAGAUCUCGAAUUUCCUGAGACGAACAGAUCAUGUCAUGGAAGAAUGGUCGGCAAUGGGGAAAAAGAAAGAUGACAUUGUAAGCUACAUUGAACGACAACGCGAACAGAAUUCAUUGGAUCGUAAUGUUGGACGAUCAAAAAGUGCCACAAAUAUUCUUGUCAGGGGAUUCCAAUUAACUAAAAGUCAACCUUCAUUUAGACGGUCAGUGUCACGUGAUAUCAACGAAAUUCCUAGCGAUUUAAUUGAUGACGAUGAUCGCACUGUUUGUGAUGAAGAGUUAUCAGAGAUGACAGUGGAAUUAGCUGAGGAACAUUCUACAUCAAAUCUUGCAAGUGAACGUUUAGAAGCGGAGCAGAGUGAACGAUUAAGAUUGGAAAAAGAACUUGACGAUCACCAACAAAAAUAUCGCAACCUUCAAGAGUCAUCUGAGAAAUUAGAAAUGGAACUGAUUUGCGCAAAAUCAGAUUUAAAUGGUGUUUUGGAAGAAGAAGAUGGAGAUGACGAGGGUUCAAGCAGUGCCUAUCGUCUUAAAUAUGAACGUGUUGCUCGUGAACUAGAAUUCACGAAGAAACGACUUCAUACUCAACAUGAACACGAUUUGGAGCAACUUGUCGGUCUUAAGAAACAAUUGGAAAAGAAAUUAGCGGAUGCUUAUGAAGAAGUUGAGGAGCAACGUCAAGUCGUGGCACAAUGGAAGCGAAAGAGUCAAAAAAUGACUAAUGAGAUGAAUGAUUUGAGAAUGUUGUUGGAAGAACAGAACAGUCGAAAUAAUUUGUUAGAAAAACGACAAAGAAAAUUCGAUUCAGAAUGCCAGGCACUUCAAGACACUGCACGACAAGAACGACAAGCAAAGGACAGACUUUCACGUGAAAAAGAUGUUCUAAUUGCUGAAAAGUUCCAACUUGAACAGAAUUUAGCGGACACUCGUCUUGAGUUAGAACUUAAGGAAGAGAAAGUUUCCGCAUUGAAUCGUGAAUUGGAAGAGUUGACAUUUGAUGGAAGCACUGAAGAAGAAAUUGCGCAAUUGAAACGAUCCAAGUUAGAUUUCGAGAAACGUUGCAAAGAACAAGAAGAAGAAUUAGAUGAACAAGCUGGUCAAAUUCAACUUCUUGAACAAGCAAAACUUCGACUCGAAAUGAAUUUGGAAACGAUGCGUAAAGAUGCUCGUCGCGAAGCGCAACAGCGUGACGAAGAGAUUGAAGAGAUUCGAGGAUCUUCUUAUAAGAAAGUCAAAGCUCUCGAGUGUCAACUUGAACAGGAACAUGAAGAAAGAACUCUUUUGGUUCGCGAGAAACAUGAGCUUGAAAGACGUUUGAAUAUGCUUGAAGAUCAAGAUCGUGCUGAAAGAGCUGCGGAGGAAGCAGCCACACAAAAAUUAAAGAAAGAUUUGAGAAAAUGUAAAGCAUUACUUCGUGAUGCCCAAACACAACUCGAAAGAUCAAAAGCAGAUGGCACUGGUAAAGCAAUAAUUCGCCAACUAAGAAAUCAACUUGAAGAUGCUGAAUCGGCACGAACUGUUGCAAUUAAAGCUCGUCAAACAGCUGAAUCAGAAUUAUCAGAUCUGCAAACAUCAUUGGAUGAGAUUCAACGUGCAAAGUAUGAAGCAGAUGAGAAGGCAACAGCUGCUCAACGUGAUCGAGCUGAACUGCAAGCACAAAUCGAUGAAAAUGAUGAAGAAAUGAGUGAAUUGAUGAAGAAGUAUAGUGCAACAGUUAAACAACUUACUGCUGAACAAUCAACAAUAACUGAAUAUGAGAUAAAGAUUUCCGAACUUGAAUCUGAAAAGAAUUCAUUGAAGGAGCAAAUUUCUGAGCUCACAUCACGAUUAGAGAACUUUGAAAGUAUUGGAGAUUCAAGCUCAAAUCUUCAUAACAAACGACUUGAAUUGAGAACCAAGGAACUUGAGUCACGUUUGGAAUUUGAACAAAUGACACGAGCACGACUUGAAGUUCAACAGAAUCGUUUGAAAGAUUCGAUCGAGAAAGCGCAAAAUGAAAUUGCACAAUUCAGAACUAAAGAGGCUCACGCACAAGAAGCGUUGAAAAAGACACAAAAAAGUUUACGAGAACUGCGCGAUGAAUUUCACGUCAUUUCAAAUCGAGAACAGGAAGGUGUCACAAAGAGAAAAGAUUUGGAGAAAAGACUUGAAACAUCAGAAGCUGAAGCAGUAUCAGCACGAAGCGACUUACGUCUGGCAUUGCAAAGAAUUGCUGAUCUUCAACAAGCAAUGGAUGGAGAAUUUAGUGGAGCGACUGAAAGUGAUGACAGCGACGUUUCAAGUGACGAAAGUGAACUUGACAUGCGUCUUCGUCCGACGUCAUCAGCAUCACAAUCCACCGUUAUUAACCGCACCCCAAAAAGUUCGUUAAACGAUUCUACAAAUGGCUUAAGUCUAACAAAUAAUCACAAUACAAAUAACUUUAAUACUACUAAUAGUUAUCUAAGUAAGAGUAACAUUAGCAAAGCUUCUGAUGAAAGGGACAAUACGCCAAGAAUUACAAUUUCUACUCAACCGAAAGCGCAAGGAGAAGUCUUGAGUGCUGACAUCGAGAAUCAGACGAACGGCAGUGACACGUUUGUAUAGGGACGACUGUGUGGUCUUUUAUGUUAGUGUUUAGUGUUAAAUAAAUGAAAUUAAAAUGUUUUUUUAAGAACUGUAAAACUUAAUCACAGAAACAUUUUACAUACAUUCAUUGAGUUAUGUUUAACGUAUAAAAAAUGGUUAAAACCGCAACAUUGAAUGAAGAAAAUGAGAGGGAGAAAGAAUGCAUCUAAAAGUUUCUCUCUCCCUCGCCACCACAACACAUUUUGCAUAAUUAAUCGGCUAACUCUGUAUCUGCGAAUUUUACUUCAUAAUUUACUCAAUUUGCUUUAUUAGCAUUAAUUUAGUGAAAUUUAAAUCUUCAUUUCUCUUUCAAUUUACCUUUCUUUGUUUAAUUUAAUUUAUAUGAUUGAGUCUGUCUGUAAGUUUAAUUGAAAAUAUAUGCGAAAUGAAUCAAGAAGGAAACAUAAUCAUUUAUUGUUUAAGGAACAUGCUUUUAUUGCAUAAAUCAAAAGAAAAGAAAUAAAAGAAAUCAGUAAUAUAUUAGUUAUCAUAUGUAUUAUUAAUUGGUAAUCGAAUAAUUUAAUGUUAAAGUAAAAGUGCUUUAUAAUUUCCCUUUCAUGAAUUAUUUGUUUUUGUCAAUUUAAUUAAUGUAAUCAUAACGUGAAUAAAGAUUAAAAAUGUUAUUAGUGAAUA